AUGAGGACCUACGGGAACUUGAAGGAUCAAACUGUCGAAAUCCUGCUACCUGAUUUCGACUUCGAUCAUACAGUCGAAAGGAGGUUAAGUUCAGUUUCAGGUCUCGUCAUUUGGGUUUACCAGGUUGCUUUUGGUCGAGUUUUAAAUUCGUUGUAUCCGUAUAAUAAGCCAACAAAUGUGGUUCUACCGAAUCUGAACGAUUCAUGUACCUGCAUUGUCAAUCUUCAAAGUUCUCAGAAGACUUACAAAGCGGUGCUUGAAUUAUAUGUUUUGUUUCAUGGAGAAGAUGAAUUCUGGUACAUGAAUCCUUUAGGUUCGUAUAUAGAAACCAACCAUUUGGCCACCGAAAGAGCUCACGGUGCAUACCGUGAAGUAUUGGUGACGAUUGACGGUCAAUUAGUCGGAUCAGUGGUUCCUUUCCUGGUGAUAUUCACCGGCGGAAUCAAUCCUCUGUUUUGGGAGCCUGUUGUCUCCAUUGGAGCUUUUGAUCUUCCUACUUAUGAUAUCGAUUUCACUCCGCUUCUAGGGAUUCUUUUAGAUAACAAAAACCAUCCAAUCGGGCUUUAG